GCUUCCGCCCGCCUGGGUCACGUGGCGAGGGCGCCACCACUGCCAUCAGCACUGUGGGCAGCUGGACUCGGCCGCCGCCGCGCUCCCGCCCACACCCGGGCCUCGUGCCCGCCCGGGUGGGCCUGGCACUAGCUUCUGCCCGCACACCGCGGCCACCCCCGCCGCCUUCCUAUCCCCCUCGGGCGUUGGGGGUCGCGCAGGGCGGGACAUGGGUGACCGGAAGUAGGAGCUGUGAGCGUCGCCGCCCGGGGCGCCGAGGCCCGAGGUGCCGUCGGGGCAGCCGGGACGCACGCAUGGAGAACGCUGGGCGCCCGGCUGCGCACCGACGGCUAACCCGGUCGCACGGGCUCUGCGGGGCGGGGGCUGUGCGGCACCGACCGGCCUCCUGGGACGCGGGAACAUGAGGCUAACCCCGGAGCCCGAUGAGGGCGAGGCGCGCGGUGCGCGGGCCUGUCCUGUUCGCGGGUGAACCGUGCGGAGCUCCGGGACUCGCCCGUCGUUGUCAGCGGCGGCAUGGUCUUCUGUCUGGAAAACGAGGAGCCGCGCCGCGCGCUGCGAAGCGCCAUGGUCCACUUCCAGGCCUCGGAAGUCCAGCAGCUGCUACACAACAAGUUCGUGGUCAUCUUGGGGGACUCAAUCCAGCGGGCCGUGUACAAGGACCUGGUGCUCCUGCUCCAGAAAGACUCACUGCUCACAGCUGCCCAGCUGAAGGCCAAGGGGGAACUGAGCUUUGAACAGGACCAGCUGGUGGCUGGGGGUCAGCUGGGCGAGCUGCACAACGGAACACAGUACCGGGAGGUCCGCCAGUUUUGCUCGGGUUCUGGCCACCACCUCGUGCGCUUCUACUUCCUCACCCGCGUUUACUCUGAGUACCUGGAGGGCGUCUUGGAGGAGCUGACAUAUGGGCCUGCUCCGGACCUGGUGAUCAUCAACUCCUGCCUCUGGGAUCUCUCCAGGUAUGGGCGCUACUCAAUGGAGAGCUACCGAGAGAACCUGGAACGGGUAUUUGUGCGAAUGGACCAGGUGUUGCCAGACUCCUGCCUGCUGGUGUGGAACAUGGCGAUGCCCCUGGGGGAGCGUGUCACUGGGGGUUUUCUUCUACCUGAGCUCCAGCCCCUGGCGGCCUCUCUGCGGCAGGAUGUGGUUGAAGGGAACUUCUACAGUGCCACGCUGGCUGGGGACCACUGCUUUGAUGUCCUGGACCUUCACUUUCAUUUCCGGCAUGCAGUACGGCACCGUCACCGGGAUGGUAUCCACUGGGACCAGCAUGCCCACCGCCACCUCUCACACUUGCUUCUAACCCACGUGGCUGAUGCCUGGGGCGUGGAGCUACCCAAGCGUGACUACUCCCCUGACCCGUGGAUUGAGGACUGGCCAGAGCCGGAUCAUCUGUUCCAGGGGAGCCAGGGGCAGCCCCCAGACUUCGGGGAGCAGCUGGCCUUGCCCCUCCCCCCGCCUUCUCCCUUGCCCCCUCCCAUGCCUUUUCCCUACCCCCUUCCUCAGCCCUCCCCACCUCCCCUGUUCCCACCCCUGCCCCAGGAUGCCCCUUUUUUCCCAGGCCAGCCCUUUCCACCCCAUGAAUUCUUCAAUUAUAAUCCAACGGAAGACUUCUCAGUGCCACCCCACUUAGGAUGUGGCCCUGGAGUGAACUUUGUGCCUGGCCCCCUGCCACCUCCAGUCCCUGGCCCUAUCCCCCACGGUCAGCACCGGGGCCCGAUGGUCCACCGGGGGAUGCCACGCUGUGUUCCCAACAGCCCCUACCAUGUACCACGGAUGGGGGGACCCUGCAGGCAGCGGCUCAGACACUCAGACAGACUGAUCUAUACAUACAAACUGGACAGACGGCCUCCUGCCCAUUCAGGGACAUGGCCUGGGUAGACUGGAACUUGGGCUGCGGCUGGAUGUGCCAUUGGUCCUGCAGGGCCUGCUUGCCACCCCAGGUGCUGGGCCAGUGUGUCUGCUAUGCCUGGUAUUGUUCUUGUCCAUUGCUGUCACCAAUAAAGGCAUGGAAGAACAGAGUGGCAUCUUCCUGUGUGAGGGAACGGGUCCCCAAACCAUGAUCUUAAGAGUUGGGGAGACUACCUCUGGACUCUUUCCAAUUUUGGACCUUUCACCUCAUACUAUGUAGAAAUCACUGAGUGCGUCCUUUCUGCUGUCUCACACACUCAUUUCCACCUUCACUAGAACACACACGUGUUUAACAAAGAUUCAGAAAAGGUU